AUGCCUUUGCAACCUGAUGGGAAAAGCUUGGUCCGCGAAAUGUCUGACUCCUCCUCCUCCUCAUUUCCGCUUCUCAAGGCAAAGAGCACAUCUGGAGACUCUGAUUACAACGAGGAGACCUUGAAUGAUGCAGAAGCCAAAGCUCCCAGCCAAAGCCACUUCCGGUCUUGGGCCCGGCGGCAUCAAGGUGGCUGGAUUGUUUUGCAUUUGUGCAUCAUCAUGGCUUACACGACUUUCUAUGUCCUGGCACUUUGUGGAGUACUUGCCUCAAGUGUGGAUUGCGGCUUCAAGCAUAGCGAAGUCGGUCCCCAGGAUCUUUUACUCACUCCAAUGCACGAAGCUGUCAAGCACCAGGUGCGAACUGUCCGCAACUCAGUAAACGCAACCAGCAAAUACAAGGGACCUCCCUCUCCUGAAGUGGAUCGUGCCUGGCGCGAUCUAUUCAACAACAACAAUCUUCGAGUCAGCGCGGAGGACAUGAAAUUGUUGAAUCGCACCUCAGUCAUGUUCAAUGAUGGAUCGGGAGACUUCUUAGCAACUCCCGACACUUAUCACCAACUACACUGCUUAUGGUAUAUCUUUCAGAAUGUACAUUCAGAGUUCUACACGGUCAAUCCGACUAUCGUGUCGGUCAGUGAUCAUGUCGACCACUGUAUCGACAGUAUUCGAAUAUUCAUUCAAUGCCACGCAACUACGAGCGUUCAAACUUAUUCGUGGAUACCCAAUAUGCGUAUUCCUUUUCCUAAUUUCGAGGUUCCAAAUGUGUGUGUUGAAUGGGGAACGUAUGACAAAUGGGUAAAACGCCACUCGGUCGAUGAAUAUGAGCCGGGUCUGCUCAUACACCCAACUCUCGGUCCAUCUUUUCCAGAUGGUAAACCAAAGCAUGAGUUUCAUCAUGUUCCUCACUCAGAGUAA